ACCACCUUUCCGUAGAAGACUUCCUUUCUUAGCUCUCUCUCUCUCUCUCUCUCUCUCCCCCUCUCUGUGACUGUCUCUCUCUGUGAUGCCUCCAUCCUUCCGUCCUGCAUCUUCCCGUUUGAUUAGCCAGACGCUAAAUACUCCCACCCUUAUUCAAGGAGCCUUAUAGGGCCGUCAGAUUGCCAGAACAAAAGGACAUGUCACAGUACCUAUAUCUUUUUCCUCUUUCUUCCCAUAGUGUUCAAGCCAAACUCUGAGCCUUCUCCUUGCUCCCCCUUAGUUUGAUCUCUCUCUUGGGACCCAGAGACUUCCGGUGGAAACAAAUAACAAAGAGAAGCCACAGACGAUCUUUCCUAAAAGUUUCCUCUAAGAAUUCGAAUAGUUCCCAAGCGACAUGGAGUUAACCCAUGGAAGGAGAGAUAGGUACCACUGUGGAAAAGAAGACCAAGAGGAGGCAUCCAAGAACCCUUCCUUCGCUCCCUCGCCCUCUACUCCCCCCUCCUCCCUUACUUGGAUUCCUCAUGCCGAGCCCGCCGCCUUUCCGAUCGAGAGGGAGCACAUGUUUGACAAGGUAGUGACGCCGAGCGAUGUCGGGAAGCUGAACCGACUCGUGAUUCCAAAGCAGUAUGCUGAGAAGUUCUUCCCUCUAGACCCGUCGAUGGCCGACAAGGGCCUCUCGCUGUGCUUCGAGGACCGCACCGGGAAACCAUGGCAGUUCCGCUACUCCUACUGGAAUAGCAGCCAGAGCUAUGUCAUGACCAAGGGAUGGAGCCGCUUCGUCAAGGACAAGCGGCUUGACGCAGGUGACACCAUCUCCUUCUGCCGCGGUGUCCGUGAGUCCAGCCGUGGCCGCUUCUUCAUCGACUGGCGGCGCCGCCUUGGCUCCUCCCACCACCGCCUGCCACUCCAUCGUCCACUGAUGCCGCUGCCCCUCACUGCCACCACCAUGCCAUUCGCCGGGCACUUUCCCCCUUCAGUACCUCCCAUGCGCAAUGCUGCAAGCCCUGGCGCUUGUGGUGAUGGCGGGUCGUAUGUCUAUUUUCAAUCGGUGCGUCCCCCACCGCAUGUCCGAGUGCAAGUCGGGGGUGGUGGAGUGGUGGGGCUGCCGAUGGUUUUGGGCUCGGUGCCGGUGAUCCAUGGCUCAGCAAAGCCCAAGCGAGUCCGGCUCUUCGGAGUGAACCUAGAGUGCUCAGAACCUGAGGGCCUCGGUGAGGCUCAAAGGCUGCCUCUGGCGCAGCCUAGGCCUCCUCUUCUCCAGCGAGAAUUGGGGCUGUUGGGGCUCGAGUCCACCGUAGGGCUUCCAUGAAGUAAGCUGCACUCAUCCAUAGAUCUCCACUUAUAAUUCAGAGAAAAGGAAGCAAGAAGGAGAAGAAGAAAGUUUCAGAUUCUUACUCUUGUUAUGUACUCCCAUCUUAUGCUUGCUUGAAUGAAGGGGUUCAGGAUUUUCUCAUUCCCUUUUCUUCUUCAUCAUAAUAAAAAAAAAUGAUCGGGAAAGAAGAUGAAGAAUAGGGAAAAAGGGAUGUAUGUGAGCUAUAAUAUUUCUACAUUUUUUUUCCUUUCUUCUUGAACAUGUGUUAAAAUUGUAUGUAUACUUCACCCAGAGCCCUAUUUUUGGUGUAGUAGCCUUGUUCUUCUGACCUUUCUUUCAUAUGCUUCAAGCUAUGGAUAUUUUCAGUUUACAAA